AUGUGUUCACCGGGGGACGUUAAGCUAAGUUUGCUUGUAUUUAUUGUCGGAAAGGUGGUGAGAUCAAGCAGGCAGACAAUACCAAUGACGUUCGACGGACUUGGUCAAGGACUAAUGGUAUUGUUUUGGCAUAACAAUGCCGCCGAGGUCAGGCAUUCCACCUCUCAAGUCGAGUUCCUUCUCAAUCAACCGACAACGUCAAUGGAUCACUAA